CAUAUUCAAGAUUUCUAGCCCAUCUAUUUAUAAAGCAGAAAUGAAUAUGUCAAUCUUCAAUGAGUGGCUACAAAUAAUUAAUAAAUCAUGCAUUUGUCAAAACAAAUCCAUUUCAAAGCUUUAUCACUCAAUUCAACUGAGUCUUGUUGUUAGCUAUUUCAGGGCAAAAGCACUCUUCCAAAAAAUUUUAAGAUUUGUAAACUUUCUUGGUAGUUUUGAUGAUUUGUUACUGUUACUUAUGCUUUUGGAUAUAAACUUGCUCUAUGAAUGAUUGAAACUUCCUAAUAAUCCAGCAAGUAGCUGGAGACCUGGCCAUAACAAAUUUGCCAAUUGGUUGCAAAUCCUACUCUGUUGGUUCCAGGUAGGCAAUAUGAAGAUGAUAUAAAGCAUUUAUAGAAAAAAUCAAGCAAGUAAAGGAAUCAUACUCGAUACAAGAAGUUUUCAAACAGAAAUUAGAUACAUGAAGGUUAUUCAAAAAAGCCAAUGGAUGAAGAUGAUACAGAUAAUAUUGUUAAAAGAAGACGCUCAUGCAGUAGAAAGAAACUGAUAUUUGAUGAGGAUAGCUCUUCUGAAAAUGAAUUUCACAGUGAUAUCCCAAAAAAAUGUGGUUUGAGGCUUACAAGAAGUAAUAAGACAAAGAUUAUUGAUUCAGAUGAUGAUAAUGACAAAAUUGAAAGUAGUGAUGGAAAGACUAAAGAUAGACGGAAAUAUGAAAAGAAGUGUAGAAAGAGAAGAAAGACGAAAAAUACUUCCAAGCUUGUAGAAAAUUAUGAGGUUUCAUCUGAAGAAGAUCAGCUAAAAACACCAACAGAAGUGUAUCUGCAGGAAAAUGGAACAAAUACAAGAAGCUCUGCUAGAUUAAGAAAGAAAAUUGAAUUGAAAGGGACAUUGAGGUUACCAGGUAGAAAGGAAAUGACCUCCAACACUCAAUCUUCACUGUCAUCACCAGAAAAGUUUGAUAUUUGCAGAAGGAAAAUUUUGAAGCCAUAUGUGCAAGUCAACAAUUUUUUCAAAGAACGAUCAACAUACAAUGCUGACCGACUUGAUCCAUUUGCAAGUGAAGGGGAAGAAGACUUUGUUGUUGCGGAUGACGAUGUUGAAGAGAGCGAACCUGAUGAAUCGGCAGAUGAGACCCCGAAAAAAAGGCCUAGGGUAAAAUUAAAGAAAAGACGGAAGAAGCACAAAGUUUCAUCAAGCAGUAGCGCCGAUGAAGAGAGCAGUGAUGAAAGCCAUGCCCGGAUUAUUGGGAACAAAAAUUUGAGAAUCGAAGAUUCCGAGAGCAGUGGAGAAUCAAGUGACAUCGAAUUGAAUGUUUCUAUCAAAAAAGAAAGGAAUGAAAGCUUGAUUUUGAGAUCAGAUUCAGACGAUGACGAAAAUGGGAAGAAGUCUGAAGGGGAGGUUAAAUUGCUUCCGCGAAGAAGAAAUAUGAAUAAAGAAAAACUACAGAAAGCUGCUGCUGGUUACAAGAAGAUCCGAGAGAUUGCAACUUCAAAAUUACCAUUAGACAGAAGGCGAUUUUUAGAAAGGGAGAUUGAGAAUGAGGUUUCUUCGGAUAUAGAGGAACAACUAGACGACGAUAUUCAAAUUUUUGGCAUCAAUGAUCAAGAGAAUGAUGACGAGCUGGCUUUCCGAGAUUCAGAUAAAGAAUUUAUUGUGUACAGUUCUGAAUCUGAGACUGAAGAGCGCCACAAUCAGGUUGAGGUGGAGUUUAAAAUUUGCCUUGAGAAUCUUAGACAUUCUAGUAGUCAUUUUCACGGUGCUGCGCUGAAAGACAAAGAUAAUUCGCCAAUAUGUGAAACGAAGAUGGUGGAAGAUCGCUCAAAAUAUAGAAGAAUUAAACUGGAAUACGAUAGUGAUGACGAUAUUAAUGAUAACCAUGUUAAAGAAUUAUUUAAGAAUUUACGAAAACUGCCUUGUGAUAUUGCUGUCAUCCAACGUUUGCUGCAAGAAAACAAGGGUCUUGUGAAUCGCACAGAUAACCACAUGAAGUGUCCACUGCACAUUGCCUCGGUUAUAGGUAAUGAUGAUGCUGUGUCGGUAUUGCUAGAUAAUGGAGCUGAUGUCAAUGCAGUUGAUGAGAACAAAUUGCCAAGUAUUGCUUUUGCAGCUUAUUGGAAACACCCAACGGUGCUGAAACUGCUACUUCGAAAGACUAACCUUCCAAUGAUGCAUCGCUUGGUGCAUGCCAAUUUAAAUGGAAUGUCGCUGCUUCAUUUGGUGCUGCUUGAUCGUGAUUUGAUAGACUCUGAAGAUAUCGAAACACGACAAAUCGAGUGUUUAAGAGUAAUUAAGGGAUGCAGUUCAAUCAUGUACUCGAGUCUUCUUGAAAAGGCAGACAAGAAGCAACGUAAACCGAUACUGAUCGCUAUAGCCGAAGGACUGUCCAAGUGCGUGAAAGAAUUGCUAGAUGACAAUGACCAACUUAAACAUUACCGAACGGAGCUCGAAGGAACGGUUUUGCACUAUGCUGUCAUGCAUUCCGUGGACUGGAACAAAGAUUCGAAGUCUUCGACUAUUCAUUUAUUGACAAGCCAUUUUGAAGACAUGGUCAAUAUCCCUGACAAAAAUGGUUUCACACCUCUGAUGUAUGCUGCUGAAAUUGGAGAUGCAGAAUGCAUGAAAGAUUUAAUUGAUCAUGGAGCUGUUGUUGAUCUACAGGACAAUCAUGGCACCAGUGCAUUACAUUUGGCUGCAGCCAUUGGAAGCACCGAAUGCGUUAAGUUGCUUUUAAGUCAUGGCCACCCAGUAGAUAUUUUGGACGACUGUGGGUGGCCACCGCUGCUGUAUGCCAAUUUUCUGUCAUGCGAGAGCUGUGUGAUUGAGCUAAUGAAAGCAAAGCCAAAACAGUUGUUUGUCUUGUCUAGCUUGUUGAAAGACUGCGAUGAGAAGCAAAAGGAGAAAAACAUGCAGGUCAUCAAGCAAACAAUUUUGUCACUUGCUAAUCAAGAUUCCUAUUUCCAAAUCUUCAACGAAUUCAUAAGGGAGAAUCCAACACUUCUCGACGAAUUCAAUUUCGGGAUAUUUUCAACCACCUGGAAAGCAAUUCUUGAUUUCGAUAAUAAACAGAAGUGGUUCAGGAGAAGAAUUCAAAAGCUGCGAAAUCCACACAUGAGUUGCUGUACGCUUACAGUGAGACGCGAAAGAGUUCUUGAAAGUGCCAUGAGUUAUUUGGAGGGGUUUUCAAACAUUGAUAUUCAACAUUUAGGGGUAGAAUUCCAUGAUGAGCCAGGUAUGUGUACGGGCCCAAAGAGAGAGUUUUUGGCUUGUUUGUGUAACCAGAUUAUUCAGCCAGAAAUGAAGCUGUUUACUCGAAUCGACGAUCAGCAAUAUAGUCCGACUCCGUUAAGUUUCUUUGCCGAUGUCCUGUGGAACAGAAGUAACUUUACAGCUACGCCAAUGGGUUCAAAUACAACCACUUCGCCGAUAAAAGCAAAAGAUUCAAUAAUUCAUGCAGUGGUAAGAAGGGAUCAUAUGCCACAAAAUUUAAUAACAAGAGAGAAAAUGAUGUCGAUUAAAGUAGAGCUGAAUGAAAAGUUGAGAGCCAUGACGUUCAUUGGCAAAUUUGUAGCCGCUUGCAUUGCUGAUGGCUGGUACAUUAACUUGCAGUUGUCCAAACCUUUUAUUAAGCAGAUUCUCGGAGAAACAUUGAAUCACCCAGAUGAUCUACAGUCUGUUGACCAAUCCCUGUACAAUGGGGCAGUCAAGUCAACUUUAGAAGGCAGUGUGGAGGGUCUCGAGUUGCCUAACAGUAUCAGCUGCUCGAACCCUUGGCUUGACUCUUGUGUUGAAGAAAUUAUGCUCAAUAAAGCUGAAUCAGUUUUGACUGACACGAACAAGAGGGAAUUUGCAUUAUCGGUUUCAAAAUUCAAAUUAAGCGAUUCAAUUGACAGAGAAGUCAAAGCAUUCAAAAGAGGAUUUUUCGAAGAAAUCAGUAGUGAUCUGAUUUCAAUUUUCACUGCUGGGGAAUUUUCCUUGUUGAUGAAUGGAAUUCAAAACAUCAGUGUUGACGAUUGGAAAGAAAAUACAGAAUACGCUGGUUGGAGCUGCAGUGACUCAGAAAUAAUUUGGUUUUGGAGAACUGUCGAAAGUUUAAAACAAGAAGAAAAGGCAUUGUUGCUGAAAUUUUCAACUGGUUCACCAUGUGUCCCUAUUGGGGGAUUUAAAGAACUAGAGGGUCUUGGAGGUAAAAAGCGAUUUGAGAUUUCCAAAAAACCAGAAGAAUCAAAUACGAUUCCUACUGCAGCAACGUGCUUCAACAUACUUCGCCUCAGUACUUUCACAAGUGAAAAGGAAUUGAGAGAGAAAGUUUUGAUUGCAUUGAGACACGGUUCUGAAGGGUUUGCUUUUAACUAACAGAUUAUUCAAGCUGUCGUUUCAGUGUUGUUUUUUGAUACACAAGUUGUUUAGAAAUAUUGUUUCUGUUUCUUCUGUUCUAGAUGCAUUACUGUAACUAGUGAUAAGAUAGUAUUUGUUAAAAAUGUUAUGUUUCUUGCCAUUUGUUGAAGGUAAUUUGAAUAGCUUUGCAAUAAAAACAACUUUGUUGUAAUGGUCCUUUUGGUUGAUAAUGUUGAAUUGAGUAGUACCCCGGGUGCUUGUUUUAUCGUUAAGGCAGUCAUUGGGAAACAAAUGUUGAUAUUUAUUGGACAGCGUUAAUACUUUCCAGAUUAUCUAAGUAAUAUUUGGAACAAAAAUCAAAGCACCAACUGCUUCUAUUGUGAUAAGCACAACAUCUGUUCUGCCCCUUGGUAUAAACACAGAACAUAGACAUGAGGUCCAUCCCAGAACAAACCUGUGGCAAGUUUAUGAAAGGCUACCCCAUCCUCCAUAAACAUCACGUGUCAUUUCCCAUUAUAUACUGAGUCUACUAACCUACAUUGAAUGGGAAUCAUGAGUUGCAAACGAUUAUUUGGCUUUUAUAUGUGAACGAUAUCUUGGUGCUUAUUUUUUACUGGAAACGGGAACGUGCGGGUAGCUAAACCUCAAAUGAUAUAGACUACCCCCCACCUACCCCCCUACCCCCCUCUCGAAAAAGAUGAGUGUUUGUUAGUUGAUCUAGUACCAUCUGGACGUGAAUAUGCUCUUAUUUUAGACAUUUGUUAAAUUUAUCAUCCAAGGAACUUUGUAAUACAUGUUAAACUUUUGCAUAGCAAUGGACACUUUAGUUAUAUGUUUUCUUCCAAUAUUUGGCAGCAAAACUUUGAAGCCUGUAAAUACUGUGGCAUGUUUUCAUAAAAAUUAUUGCAUUUA